GAAGGAUCCUGGAGAGGCGACGAUGAAGAUAAAAGCCUCGGUUUUGGUGCUGGUUCUGUAUUGUGUUUGCAUUGCAAAUUCUGUAAUUGAAAUGGCUACCGUAGGAGGAAUUCAUGAUUCUGAUGGAUCUCAGAACGCUCUUGAGAUCGAAAACCUUGCCCGAUUCGCCGUUGACGAGCACAACAAGAAACAGAAUACCCUUUUGGAGUUUAAUGGAGUGGUGAAAGUUAGACAGCAGGUGGUUGCUGGUACGAUAUACUAUAUUACUCUGGAUGCAACUGAUGGUGGCAAGAAGAACAAGUAUGAAGCCAAAAUCUGGGUGAAACCAUGGCUGAACUUCAAGGAACUGCAAGAAUUCAAGCCUAUUGGUGAUGAGCCUGCAACUGCUAGCGCUUAGGUAAAUCUGAUGAAUACGAUGUUAUAUGCAGGUACUCGAAGAUAUGUAUCUGGAUAUGCUUAACUUGAAGUACUGUUAAUUUGAAUUUUGAAGUACAUAAAGAAGAUUAGAUAUGUCUUCCAUUUAAAGUCCAAUGUAACCGAAAAAGGAUUAUAGCUUAUGGUAUUUGGAAUUGUGUGGAUCGGGCUUUAAUAUUUACCAUUUACUUGUAAAACUCUCUUAUGUAAUGAUGAAUAAUACGCUUGUAACUUAUGAUUCCUCCCUUCCUUCCAUGUCACGACUAUGGUGGAUUCAAUGAAAAUGUUUAUUAGAGUCUCCUUGCAGUUUGUCUU